UAGUCCCGGGCGGGCGGCGGGGCCGCCUCUCUCCUUCCGGGAGCAGCGAGCGCCCGUUGGAGGUGGGGAGAAGGACCGGCGGACCGAGGCCUGCGUCACGUGAGGCGUUUGUUGACUUCCUCGAACGGCGGCGGCGGCGCCCCGGGAAUUCCCCGCGGUGGUGGAGGUGAUGGGAGCCCGAGGGGGCCCGAGCGGAGACUGUGACGGCCGGCGCUGCCUUACCGCCGAGGUGACCGCCCGUUGCUGACCCGCCCGGCCCGAGCAAGGCCCGGAGAGCUGUCAUGGAGGAGCUGGUAGAGGAUGACAUCUGUAUUUUGAACCAUGAAAAAGCAGACAACGGUCAUAGGAGAGAUGGUGAGAUUCCGGUUUCGUCUUACAGUGGAGAUGAGUCUGUUGCCUCGCACUUCGCGCUUGUCACUGCAUAUGAAGACAUCAAGAAACGGCUAAAGGAGACAGAGAAGGAGAACUCCCUCUUAAAAAAGAGAGUUAGAAUUCUAGAAGAGAAGCUGCUGGGCUCCCGACUGGAAGAGGAAUGCAGUUCAGUUGGACGUGAACAAGUAAAUAAGGCAUACCAAGCCUUUCGAGAGGCCUGCAUCGACCGAGAUAAUCUGAAAAGCAAACUGGAUAAAAUGAUGAAAGAAAGUGCAGAAUCCUUGAAAACCUUGAACGAACAGUUGCAGUCUAAAGAAGUAGAGCUGUUACAACUAAGAACUGAAGUGGAAACUCAACAAGAGAUGAAAAAUCUGUAUUGUACUCAGUCCAGCUGGGAAAUAGAGAAGCUGAAUAGUGACCUGAAAGUGCAUAGUCUGGAACAGGAUCUAGAAAAGCUCAAGCAAGAGUGCAACAGUCUCAGAAAGGAGUUGCAAAAAUCCAAGCAGAAGGACCAGGCUCAAGAUGAAAAUCCAUUAAAUGGAGACUACCUUCAAAGGCAAGACAUCCAGAGUGUGCAUCAAGCAUAUUGGGAACUGAAGAGAGAAAUGUCUAAUUUGUGCCUAGUGACUGACAUGCAAGCUGAGAUUCUACGAAAACUGAAAACAAACCCAACAGCGACCAAGAAAGCUGCCUCUGCUGUACCAGUACAAUGCGUUGACUUGAACAUUUCAAAGCUGAAUUUGACGUCUGGGGUAGUCUAUAAAAAACUCUCACAAAAUGAUGAAUUCCUCUGCAAUGCUGUGUCUCCCCCUCUGCCGAGAGAUGCACAGAUCCCGUCUGAAAGGGUGACUCUACAAGCAUGGACAGAUGAGAGACCCAUUGCAGUUGAUGGCAAAACGUUUCAGGAACACCAUUCUUACGGAAAGAGCUCGCUGGAAGAUAAUUCCUGGGUAUUCCCAAGUCCUCCAAAGCCUAAUGAGAAUGUGUUUUGGGAAAUGAAAAAUAAAUCAACUUUGUUAAACUGUCCAGCAGAUUACCUGGAUCAGUGUAAUCAAAACUGUCUGCACAAGAGUUAAACAAUUUUUAGGAUCAACCGGGGCAUUUUUAGGAUGGUUCUGAAUAGGCACCUUAACGCUUGAACUUUUAAAGAGGGGAAAACAAAUUGCCUGAAGUGUUUCUUUUUUCUUUGUUUUUAAUUCUAGUUCUGAAACAGAAAGCCGAGUCUUCCUCUGCUGUAAAUCGGGAGCAAGUUCCUUGAAGUUAAAGCUGUGCUGGUAUAAUGUAAAUAUAAGAACUCUCGAAUGGGGCCUAGAUAGUCUUGUACUGCAAAUGGCAUACAUUUGCAAAAAAUUCACUGAAAAGUAAAUUCUUGGAAUAAACCAAAAUAAUCCAGUUCUGUAUUUGUUUGCUAUUUGUAUGUUCUCAAGAAAAUACUUGGUAUCCGGUGUUAAAACUUGUACCAGCUCUGAGCUUAUUUUCUGACAGUGUUUUUUUUCCCAGAGUAAGACAUAAAACGAAGAAUUGGAUUCUCUCCCCUUUCCUCCUUUCAAUUAACUUUCUGAUUCCUCUGGUUUAGAAAUGCAUUUUUAUGUAAUUUUUUAACCAAGGAAGGUGAGAUUAUUUUUUUUUUUUUUUGGUCAAAACCUUGAUUUGUAUUAGAUAGCGGCAAGAGAAAAAUCAUUCCUAGGCUAUCCUGUUUCGACUGCACCAUGCGGGGCUUUAUCGUGAAUUAUAAAGGAGCGUAAGUAACGCUGCUGAACGCUGGGAAUCCUGGAUGUUCAGCCCGUCUCCCUCCCUUCAUGCUGCAGGGGACUGACUUCAUUGCGCGCACGGUGGUGCCUGCCACAGAAUCGCCCCCUUCCCAGUGCAGUGACCCUUGUCGUGCCUCCUUUGCACAGCACCGCAACCUUGACUUUGUAUUUGGGUGGUGAUGAAGGCUACUAACUUUUCUUUUAUUCAAGAAACAAAGCCUUAAUUUAAUCGGCCUAGGUGUUGUAGCAUUGUUGAUAUACAUAAGAGGUAUUUUUGUGGUAUCUUUAGUAUGCCACUGAGAACUAGAGUUAUUUGAAUUGCAACUGCCUGCUUUGUAGAUUAUGGGUGUCUAAGUACUUUUUUUUUUUUCCUCUUAAGGCCAAGAACUGUUUUUAGACAAAAACAAUUUAUGCCUUUUUAAAAAAAAAAAAAAAAAAAACAA